AUGACUGUUGGUAAAGAAAAGCUCAUGAUCUUGUUAAAUGGCAACGCAUUACCAAAAGUAGUUCAAGAUACUAUUGUGGAUUGCAGUUCUGUUGAUGGUGAAAAUGGAGCUUGGAGGCGCCUUGAAGAGAAGGUACCAACAUCUGCCAUCAUACGAGAUGUACUACUUCGUUUAGAAGCCUUGAAACCAAUGAAGUCUACAGCAGCAAAGGAGAUGAGACAGGUUUUGGAUGGACUGACUGAUUUUGCUCGGCGAAUGAGAGAACUUGGUCAAGAAAGGGAAUUGGAUUCAUUCAUGACAAUUGAAAUUGCCAGCAGAAAGAUCGAUUCUGGAAUUUAUUACGAAUAUAUGCAGCAAUCAAAAUGUCAUAAUCAGACAUUAGCAGAGUUGAUUACAUAUCUACGGAGAGAAACAGAAGCUAGAGAGCGUCGAGAACAUCCCCAUUCCCUGAGUGAUAAUACUAACAAGUCAGCUGUAAACUAUUUUAGAGACAAAAGCUCAGAAUGUGAUGAAUCCUUGGCUAUUUUGGUUGAUGAUGGGAGGGCUUGCCCCUUUUGUAUAGAUAAAACUCAUUUGAUCAUUAAAUGUCCUAUCUUUAUAUCAAAAACCAAGGAAGAAAGACGAAGGAUGAUUGUGAGCAGUAAGAGAUGUUUCUUUUGUCUUAGAGCCAACCACAACGCAAUCAUUUGUACACGCCCAGAUAAGAAACGCUGUGUAGAUUGCCAACUUUGUCAUCAUCGAUUUGUAGCCUGCCCACCAUACGGAAAUAAAGUACAGCCAAGGACUUUUUCUGGGUUGGAAAGUUCACGGGCGGGAGGUACUUCUGCUUUGAACGCGAAUCUAACUCUGUCGGAAAGUGCUUCUGAGUGCAACAUUGGUCAUGCACGGGAGGUUGCUUCAGAUGCAGAUGCAACAUCCAACACAGGUGAACCAUUCAAGUUUCGAUAUGGAGUAGCUGGAGGAGGUAUUGCUGAGGAAAGCAGUGCCAAGUUUUCUAUCCAAAUUAGACCAGUGAAUGGAAUUAAGUCAUACACUGUAAUUGCAAUUGGAAUUGAGAAACCAGCCCAUAACAGUCCUGCAGUUGGAGGGGAUAUUUUUGAUGAGUAUCCUCAUCUGAACGCUGCCAAGGGAACGUUACCCACAGAUGAAGCAGAAAUUGACAUCAUCAUUGGUUAUGACUAUUAUUUCCUUACAAUGCCAGUUGAGAGCGUAAAAGACUCUGUGUCUCCUGAAUCGUCUCCAGUUGCCGUCAGAAGUAUCUUGGGAUGGACCAUUUUUGGGGGGAAUAUUCCAAAACCCAAACCACAUGCUGCUUCCAGGGUCCAGUUUUUGAGUCAUUUGGAGGAUUUGCAGAAAUUAUAUACAUCUGAUGUUGUUGGUGUCAAACCAACAACAUUGUGUGUUUGCUCAGAUAGGGAAAUAGCAGAGUCUCAGUUCAUAAAACAUUGUCGAAAUAAGCUUUGCAUUAAUGCGGAUGGUCGCAUGACUGUGGAAAUGCCUUGGAAGCCCGGUUUCCUUCUGAAGCAUUGGAGUGUAACAAGCCUCAAGCAGAAAUAA